AUUUCACCACGACUGUAGAAAUAGAUUGGAAGCGGAAAGCCCUUUUUUAUAUUUGAGAACUGACAGGGAUAGAAAGACGACCAAAAGAAACCUUAGGUUUCUUAGAAAAUAAAUGAGAAUACCCCAAUAUUUCUGAAGUUCAUAAUGAUAAACAAGAUGGUCGUGGGGACAGCGGGACAUAAAGUCCUCUUGAUAUCUGGCCAACAGAAUGGCUCUUCCAGCUCAACACAGGGCUACAGCCGGUCAAUAUCGGUCGUUUUGCCGUCGCAAAACCAAGCGAAUUCUUCAGAUUCCGACUCAAAUUCGACCACUGGGCCACCCCUGCGAAAAAGACAGAGACUCACUCAUUUGAGUCCAGAAGAAAAACAACUUCGCAGGUUAGUUUCAUGAAUGGACAAUUUGGUCUAUUUAGUCUUAACAUUAUUAUCAUGGCUAGUUAAUGAUUAUCUAACAGGCAGAUGCGAUCAUAUCGAUCUCGUGACACCAAAGGGGACAAUGUUGAAUUGAUUGAUUGACCAAAGGGAGCCGGCUACUCCCUACGCCACACAAAUGGACAGAUUCCCAUGAAUGGCAUCGCUGUCUUUCCAAUAGCUGUGCUAAGAAUAAACCAUGCACAUUCAAAGUUAGAAUAAGGUAGACGUGUACUUUUUAGCUGGCGAAUCGGCCUGUCACGUUAACCGGCUUCGCGUAUCAACAGAUUUGAGUUGUCAGCCGGCUGGGUCCCACCCAGUUUUGUAUAUUUGGAUCCUGUUCUGCCUGCAUGACAUAAACGUGGCGGCUGAUUGUGCAAUAACCAAGAACUCUAUCCCCUUCCUGUCAGUCAUCUUGCUUUGUCAACAAUUUCUAAAGAUAAUGUUUGAUCAUCAGGAAACUCAAGAACAGAGUUGCAGCCCAGACGGCCAGAGACAGAAAAAAAGCCAAAAUGGGGGAGCUGGAAGAGCAAGUUCUGGUGUUGGAGCUGGAGGUAAAUAAAUUAUAUCAGUCCAUAAAUUAUGUGAUGGUGUUAAUGACUGCUAUUUAUUACUGUUAUUCCUAAACUGACUAAGGUGUUAAAAUGCAAAUUCUAAGUUUCUCUCUCUCAUCUCUAGAACCAGAAACUUCACGUUGAAAACGGGCUGUUACGGCAAAAGAUAUGCGGUCUGGUGAACGAGAACGAGGAACUGAGACAGAGGCUGGGGUUGGACACACUUGAGGCCAAAGAGAAGGUAAGUGGAUUUGAGUGAGUUAUUGGUAAUGCGGGGGACAGACAGUUGCACCACUUGGUUGUCAGAGCCUAUGAGUUUAUUAUAACGCCGAACUCUUCUCUCCACUACCAUCUCAUCCCCCCCCCCCCCAGGUUCAGGUGUUGGAAUCCAAUGGGAUUGAUGCAGGUUUGGGGAUCGGGUCUUCUGAGUCUGCAGUACUCAGGCUAUGUGUGCCUCCGCAGCAGGUGCAGGCCCAGCAAUUCUCAAAUCUGAAGAUUUCCCAAUGGAUACAGACAGUCCUGACUCUACAGACUUUGAGGUGAGACACGUAGACCACUAUGGACACCAUUUUGUCUGCUACAGCUAAUGCAUGGCCAUUUUGAUUUGAGAAAUGGAUAAGUGCUUUCUCAAAUGGAGAUGCGUAUUCCAGCACUUUUUUAUAAUAAUGAAUAGUAAUUGAUUGGCUUCGUGUAGUGCAUUUUCCAGUAGCUCAAAGCGCUUCUAUAAUGCUACCCAUCUUGCUUGUUGGUAAUUUCCAGUUCCACCCAUCCCUGUUCAGAGUUGUAACCUGCUCGCUCUCUCCCCUUCCAGUCUGAUCUCUUGCUGGGCAUUCUGGACAUCCUUGACCCAGAGCUGUUCCUCAGGGAGUGUGAUGAGCAGGAGAUCCAGGAGCAGGCGGUGCUGCUGGUCGGAGGGGGGGGAGGAGUACCUGCCCCCUCACCUGCAGCUCUGGGGGCCACACCAGUUAAGCUGGAGGCCCUUAAUGAACUGAUCCACUUUGACCACAUCUACACCAAGCCCGUGGAGGAAGUGGUGUGUGUCCUCGGGCAGCAGGAAGUGAAUCAUGAGGAGAGCGUGACAGAGAUAAAGAUGGCCGAGGAGGUUGACGUGUGUGUCAAAGAUGAGCCGGAGGAAGUGGUCAUCAUCCCUGAGAGUCAUGGGGUGCUGGAUGACUUCCUGUCCGCGGCCUCGCUGACCUCUGACCUGGCCAUGGGCGGCCUAGAGAAGACUGGCGCUUACCUGACGGAUGCCUUCAGCGACUCCGGAUACGAGCGGUCCCCUUCCCCCAUCAGCGACAUGUCCUCCCCCCUCUGCUCAGAGGGGUCCUGGGAUGAUGUGUUUGCCAACGAACUGUUCCCCCAGCUGAUCAGUGUCUGA